GCUCGCUAUUCGUUUGCGAGCAGAUAUCAGCUUACGACUGAAACCAAUAAAUUAUCAGCAUCACAUAACAUCGCUCAAUCUUUGCAACUGACCUAGCUUGAUGAUAACAAGGUAUUAUGCUCGGUAUAAUCCUUGUAGUUUUGGUCUCUUUUCUUCCCUGCUUUCUUGCUGCUAGCCAUGGAACACCAUGGAAAUAUGGAAACACAGUGCACAGUGGACACCAGACAGUUUAUGGCCCGAAGGAUUGGGUCCAAGUCUCACGUCACUGUGGAGAGAGAGCCCAGUCUCCAAUCAAUAUCGAUACUGUCCACAGAAAUAGUUUUGAAAAAUUAACUUUCCUAAAAGGGUUCAGCUUCAAGAUUGCAAACAUGUGGAGAAGUCUGAGAGGCAGAUUAUUCAACAAUGGUCAUGCACCUACCAUUCAGAUUGAGGCCGGUUUCGGUCUACUCACUGGGGGUCCCUGGGGAAGCGCCCGCUAUAGGCUUGCUCAACUUCAUCUCCACUUUGGUUGUAAGUCUAGCCCAGGAGGUUCAGAGCAUACUCUAGACGGUAUGCCAUUCUCUGGUGAGCUUCAUCUGGUGUUUUAUAACGUAAAGUACGCUAACUUUGACGCUGCCGCUGACAAGCCAGAUGGUUUAACUGUCAUCGCCGUCUUUCUGGAGGUAAAUAUUCCCUUCUAG